GCAGAUGUUGCUAGCGUGCCGUCACUCAUGCAUUGCGCAUGCGUGGAACUUUAUUGAAGAUAAUGAGGAGAAAGAAAAAUUGAGUGAAGUUGAGGAGAAAAAUUGUGUCAAAAAUGGAGAAAAACCCAAACAGAAAGAUUUAAAGGAAAAAGAGCCAAGAAAUCUUUCACCUGCACUCAGUGUGGAAAGAGUUUCACAUACAAAUGUCAUCUUGAGCUUCACAUGAGAGAUCAUGCUGGAGAAAAACCGUUCACUUGUGAUCAGUGCGGUUACAGAUUUUUGAGAACUUCAAUCCUGAAGAAACACCUGAGUGUUCAUACAAAGGAGAAGCCACAUUCAUGUCAUUUGUGUGGAAAGAGUUUUUCACGUCCAGAAAAUUUAAAAGAACAUCAGAAAAUACAUGCUGUUGUGAGAGAGUACAUUUGCUUUGAGUGUGACAAGACUUUUACUACAGCAAAGUGUGUAAAAAGGCAUGAGAGGAUUCACACUGGAGAGAAACCUUACAAGUGUUCACACUGUGACAAGAGAUUCAGUGAUCCAGCAAAUAUGAAAACACAUGAGAUGAUCCACACUGGAGAGAAACCAUACACAUGUGAUCAGUGCGGGAAGAGUUUCACACGAAAAGGACGCAUUAUGUCACAUAUGAGAGUUCACACUGGAGAGAAACCAUUCACUUGUGAUCAGUGUGGGAAGAGUUUCUCACAAUCAUUCAGACUUAAGGAGCACAUGAACAUCCACACUAGAGAGAAACUAUACUCAUGUGAUCAAUGCGGCAAAACAUUUUUGAGAGCUUCAGACCUGAAGAAUCACCUGAGAGUUCAUACAAAGGAGAAGCCACAUUCAUGUCAUUUGUGUGGAAAGAGUUUUUCGCAUCUAGAACAUUUGAAAGAACAUCAGAAAAUACACACUGGUGUGAGAGAGUACAUGUGCUUUGAGUGUGAGAAGACUUUUACUACAGCGAGCCGUUUAAAACUGCAUGAGAGGGUUCACUCUGGAGAGAAACCUUACGAGUGUUCACACUGUGACAAAAGAUUCAAUCAGUCAGCAAAUCUGAAAAUACAUGAGAGGAUCCACACUGGAGAGAAAUCGUUUACAUGUGAUCAGUGCGGGAAGAGUUUCACACGAAAAGGACGCAUUAUGUCACAUAUGAGAGUUCACACUGGAGAGAAACCUUACAAGUGUUCACACUGUGACAAAAGAUUCAAUCAGUCAGCAAAUCUGAAAAUACAUGAGAGGAUCCACACUGGAGAGAAACCUUACAAGUGUUCACACUGUGACAAAAGAUUCAAUCAGUCAGCAAAUCUGAAAAUACAUGAGAGGAUCCACACUGGAGAGAAACCAUUCACUUGUGAUCAGUGCGGGAAGAGUUUCACACGAAAAGGACGCAUUAUGUCACAUAUGAGAGUUCACACUGGAGAGAAACCUUACAAGUGUUCACACUGUGACAAGAGAUUCAGUGAUCCAGCAAAUAUGAAAACACAUGAGAUGAUCCACACUGGAGAGAAACCUUACAAGUGUUCACACUGUGACAAGAGAUUCAGUGAUCCAGCAAAUAUGAAAACACAUGAGAUGAUCCACACUGGAGAGAAACCUUACAAGUGUUCACACUGUGACAAAAGAUUCAAUCAGUCAGCAAAUCUGAAAAUACAUGAGAGGAUCCACACUGGAGAGAAACCAUACACAUGUGAUCAGUGCGGGAAGAGUUUCACACGAAAAGGACGCAUUAUGUCACAUAUGAGAGUUCACACUGGAGAGAAACCUUACAAGUGUUCACACUGUGACAAAAGAUUCAAUCAGUCAGCAAAUCUGAAAAUACAUGAGAGGAUCCACACUGGAGAGAAACCAUACACAUGUGAUCAGUGCGGGAAGAGUUUCACACGAAAAGGACGCAUUAUGUCACAUAUGAGAGUUCACACUGGAGAGAAACCUUACAAGUGUUCACACUGUGACAAAAGAUUCAAUCAGUCAGCAAAUCUGAAAAUACAUGAGAGGAUCCACACUGGAGAGAAACCAUUCACUUGUGAUCAGUGCGGGAAGAGUUUCACACGAAAAGGACGCAUUAUGUCACAUAUGAGAGUUCACACUGGAGAGAAACCAUUCACUUGUGAUCAGUGCGGGAAGAGUUUCACACGAAAAGGACGCAUUAUGUCACAUAUGAGAGUUCACACUGGAGAGAAACCUUACAAGUGUUCACACUGUGACAAAAGAUUCAAUCAGUCAGCAAAUCUGAAAAUACAUGAGAGGAUCCACACUGGAGAGAAACCUUACAAGUGUUCACACUGUGACAAGAGAUUCAGUGAUCCAGCAAAUAUGAAAACACAUGAGAUGAUCCACACUGGAGAGAAACCUUACAAGUGUUCACACUGUGACAAAAGAUUCAAUCAGUCAGCAAAUCUGAAAAUACAUGAGAGGAUCCACACUGGAGAGAAACCUUACAAGUGUUCACACUGUGACAAAAGAUUCAAUCAGUCAGCAAAUCUGAAAAUACAUGAGAGGAUCCACACUGGAGAGAAACCUUACAAGUGUUCACACUGUGACAAGAGAUUCAGUGAUCCAGCAAAUAUGAAAACACAUGAGAUGAUCCACACUGGAGAGAAACCUUACAAGUGUUCACACUGUGACAAAAGAUUCAAUCAGUCAGCAAAUCUGAAAAUACAUGAGAGGAUCCACACUGGAGAGAAACCAUACACAUGUGAUCAGUGCGGGAAGAGUUUCACACGAAAAGGACGCAUUAUGUCACAUAUGAGAGUUCACACUGGAGAGAAACCAUUCACUUGUGAUCAGUGCGGGAAGAGUUUCACACGAAAAGGACGCAUUAUGUCACAUAUGAGAGUUCACACUGGAGAGAAACCAUUCACUUGUGAUCAGUGCGGGAAGAGUUUCACACGAAAAGGACGCAUUAUGUCACAUAUGAGAGUUCACACUGGAGAGAAACCAUUCACUUGUGAUCAGUGCGGGAAGAGUUUCACACGAAAAGGACGCAUUAUGUCACAUAUGAGAGUUCACACUGGAGAGAAACCAUUCACUUGUGAUCAGUGCGGGAAGAGUUUCACACGAAAAGGACGCAUUAUGUCACAUAUGAGAGUUCACACUGGAGAGAAACCAUACACAUGUGAUCAGUGCGGGAAGAGUUUCACACGAAAAGGACGCAUUAUGUCACAUAUGAGAGUUCACACUGGAGAGAAACCAUACACAUGUGAUCAGUGCGGGAAGAGUUUCACACGAAAAGGACGCAUUAUGUCACAUAUGAGAGUUCACACUGGAGAGAAACCUUACAAAGCCAAGAAAUCUUUCACCUGCACUCAGUGUGGAAAGAGUUUCACACACAAAUCUGAUCUUGAGAAUCACAUGAGAGUUCAUACUGGAGAGAAACCGUUCACUUGUGAUCAAUGCGGGAAGAGUUUCACACGAUCAUCAACCCUUAAGGUACACAUGAACAUCCACACUAGAGAGAAACUGUACACAUGUGAUCAGUGCAGCAAAACAUUUUUGAGAGCUUCAGACCUGAAGAAACACCUGAGAGUUCAUACAAAGGAGAAGCCACAUUCAUGUCAUUUGUGUGGAAAGAGAUUUUUGCAUCCAGAAUAUUUAAAAGAACAUCAGAAAAUACAUACUGCUGUGGGAGAGUACAUGUGCUUUGAGUGUGAAAAGACUUUUACUUCAGAGCAAUAUUUAAAACAGCACCAGAGGAUUCACACUGGAGAAAAACCGUACAAGUGUUCACACUGUGACAAGAGAUUCAGUGUGUCAUCAAAUCUGAAAACACAUGAGAGGAUCCACACUAGAGAGAAACCUUACACAUGUGAUCAGUGCGGGAAGAGUUUCUCACUAAAAAGAAACCUUACGAUACAUAUGAGAGUUCAUACUGGAGAGAAACCGUUCACUUGUGAUCAGUGCGGGAAGAGUUUCACACAGUCAUCAAGCCUUAAGGAUCACAUGAACAUCCACACUAGAGAAAAACUGUACACAUGUGAUCAAUGUGGGAAAACAUUUUUGUGGGCUUUAGUCUUGAAGAAACACCUGAGAGUUCAUACAAAGGAGAAGCCACAUUCCUGCACUCAGUGUGGAAAGAGUUUCACACGCAAACAACAUCUUGAGCUUCACAUGAGAGUUCAUACUGGAGAGAAACCGUUCACUUGUGAUCAGUGCGGGAAGAGUUUCUCUAGAGCGAGCAGUUUAAAACUGCAUGAGAUGAUUCACACUGGAGAGAAACCAUUCACUUGUGAUCAGUGCGGGAAGAGUUUCGGACGAUCAUCAAGCCUUAAGGGUCACAUGAACAUCCACACUAGAGAGAAACCAUUCACUUGUGAUCAGUGCAGGAAGAGUUUCAGACACUCAUCUAGCCUUAAGGAUCACAUGAACAUCCACACUAGAGAGAAACCGUUCACUUGUGUUCAGUGCGGGAAGAGUUUCAGACACUCAUCAAGCCUUGAGGGUCACAUGAACAUCCACACUAGAGAGAAACUGCACACAUGUGAUGAAUGCGGCAAAACAUUUUUGAGAGCUUCAUACCUGAAGAAACACCUGAGAGUUCAUAUAAAUGAGAAGCCACAUUCAUGUCAUUUGUGUGGAAAGAGUUUUUCACGUCUACAAAGUUUGAAAGAACAUCAGAAAAGACAUACUGGUGUGAGAGAGUACAUGUGCUUUGAGUGUGAAAAGACUUUUACUUCAGCAAAGAGUUUAAAACUGCAUGAGAUGAUUCACACUGGAGAGAAACCUUACAAGUGUUCACACUGUGACAAGCGAUUCAGUCAGUUAGGAAAUCUGAAAAAACACGAGAGGAUUCACACUGGAGAGAAACCGUAUCACUGCACUGCAUGUGGGAAGCGUUUCAACCAAUUAUCUAAUCUAUACACACAUACACAAAGAUAUCACAGUAAGUAGAUCAAGUUCAGAUCCAGCACUUUCAGAUCUGAUGCUGCUUCCUCACCAAAUGUGACACAAUAAUGCAUUAAGCAAUAAAAUAUCAUCAGGAUAAAUCUUUCAUUACAAGCGACAUGACAGAGAAACAUUAUCUAAAGUUUUCACAGUGAAUAAAGUUCAUCUUCAUCUUCAAAACCAGCAGAUUCAACUGAGAUUCAGAUCAACUCAAAGAUGGAGUUCCUCCUCGAAGAACAAUGCCAAAGGUUUUAUUCUUGUGUAUCAUUUUGCUUUAUGAAGUAAAUGAUAUCAUUGUACUUUCUUAUGGGUUUCAUGUUAUGUUCAAUAAGUUUAAUAAGCAGUAUUGUAACAAUAGUAAUACCAUAAAAACCUCACCGAUACCCAUCCAUACUUGUCAGUAGGAGAGAGAUCCAGCUCAUUAGUUUUCACUCUAAAUGUAAUUAUUGAUUAAAUGUUACUUUUUUUAGGUGAUUUUUGAAUUGUCUCAACUUUUUGUUGUAUAAACUUAAAACAACAAGUUGAGAAAACUCAAAAAUCUGCUGAAGCUGGUUGCCUUAAAAUUUUAA